AUGACCGUGGGAGAUGGUGGCAACGGUGUUGUGGGAGACAGCAACGCCAGUGCCAAUGUCCUACAGCCUCACCCAGUGAAGGAGCAGCUACCUGGCAUUCAGUAUUGCGUCAACAGUCCUCCUCCAUGGCUGGAAGCUCUUCUUCUGGGGUUCCAGCAUUAUAUUUUGACUCUUGGGAUGACAAUUAUGAUUCCUAGUUUGAUCGUCCCUCAAAUGGGCGGUGGCAAGCUUGAGAAGGCUUUGGUGAUACAGACCAUGCUUUUUGUAACAGGAUUGAGCACACUCUUGCAGUCUUUGUUUGGAACCAGACUUCCAACUGUGAUCAAUAGUUCAUACUCAUUUGUUAUUCCCACAACUUCUAUUGUCUUAGCUGACAGAUACAGAUCAUUUGCAGAUCCUCAGAAGAGGUUUGAACAGACAAUGAGAGGAAUACAGGGUGCCCUGCUGGUUAGCUCCUGUCUCCCAAUAAUUAUGGGUUUCACGGGCAUAUGGAGAAAUGUUGUAAGGUUUCUUAGUCCACUUUCAGUGGUUCCACUAGUAACUUAUACUGGAAUUGGUCUCUAUCAACUUGGCUUCCCAAAGUUGGCAGAAUGUGUUGAAGUUGGGCUGCCUGAGUUAAUUAUAAUGGUUUUCAUCUCACAGUAUCGUCCUCGCUUCUUGAAGUCCGAGAAGGCCAAAUUUGAUAGAUAUUCGGUGCUGUGUUCCACUGCAAUUGUAUGGGCAUAUGCAGCAAUCCUCACUUCAACUGGAGUGUACAACAAUAAACUCCCAAAAACUCAGCUCAGCUGCCGCACAGACCAGUCUGGUCUCAUUGGUCAAGCUCCUUGGAUAUAUAUUCCUUACCCAUUUCAAUGGGGGAUGCCAACAUUUAAUCCUGGAGAGGCCUUUGCAAUGAUGGCUGCUUCCUUUGUUGCUCUCAUUGAGUCAACAGGUACAUUUAUUGCAACAUCAAGAUAUGCGAGUGCCACACCCGUGCCACCUUCUGUCCUUGGCCGUGGUACCGGCUGGCUGGGUAUGGGUGUGUUGCUGGAUAGUCUGUUUGGUAGUGUAGCUGGAUCUUCUGCAUCAGUUGAAAAUGCUGGCCUAUUGGCACUGACCAAAGUUGGGAGUCGAAGAGUCACUCAGAUAUCAGCUGCAUUUAUGAUUUUUUUCUCCAUAUGUGGAAAAUUCGGAGCAGUGUUUGCAUCAAUACCUUUGCCAAUUGUAGCAGCUUCAUACUGUAUUUUAUGUGGUUAUGUUUCUUCUGCAGGCCUCAGUUUCCUCCAGUUCUGUAACCUGAACAGUUUCAGAACAAAAUUUAUAAUUGGUUUCUCUCUAUUCAUGGGCAUUUCAAUACCACAGUACUUUAAUGGCUAUCAAAUAAGUGCAAGACCAGGUCCUCUACACACUCAUACUAAAUGGUUCAACAAUUUACUGGAGAUUAUUUUUAUGUCCAAUGCAACCGUGGCUGCUAUAAUUGCAUUGCUCUUGGAUCAAACUCUUGACUGUAAGGCUGAAGCAACUCCGAAGGAUAACGGGCUGCAGUGGUGGGAGAAGUUCAACUUGUACAAAUCAGAUGUUAGGACAGAUGAAUUCUAUGCUUUACCAUGCCGACUCAAUCAGCUCUUCCCAUCUUUCUAAACAAACAUAAAUUUGAACAGUCAAUAUCACAUCAUGCCUUGUCCCCCCAUCCAUGUUUUAUUUUUCAAAAGAGGCAAGCACAGGAAUGGCACAGCAAGUUCCCAAGUUGAUUUGAAGUGGGGAUUCAUGGAGACUAUACCAGGUUCAAGGGUUCAUGCCAUACAGAGCUUUUGUAGAUAAUCUUUGCUUGCAUUUAUGAUCAGUAGAUAAAUGCAUCUGGGUUUUGCCAACACUGUUUCUAAGCUUAAUGUGCUUGGACAAUUUAAACCUUUGAUUUUGGUUUUUGUGCUCAAGUUCUCAUGUAUUAUGGAUGUGUAGAAGAUUGAACAUGCAUUGGAGUUGGUUCUUUUGAUUUAACAACUCAAAAAUGAAAUAUUUCAAGUAAACACCAUAAA